AUGGUAAGUUAUCGUUAACUCUAGGCUUAUAUUUAAAUUUUAUGUUGUUUAUUAUUGAUUUAGGCUUCUGUUAUUGCAUACUGGAAAUUCUGGUUUCAUUCAUUUUUUGAUGUUUUAUACUUUAAAAAAAUUAGGCGAACUUUAUUUUAAAAUUUUUAGCUUUUUUAUUUUUUAAUGUUACCUUCUUUCUGUUUCAAGGUGAAGAAGACCGUCAAAAAAUCCAAGAAGGUGGCUGCCCCACCAGCCCAGUUGAGAAAAACUGAAGCCAAGAGAGAAGAGAAAGCUUCGUUGUUCGAAAAGCGCACCAGGAGCUUCGGAAUUGGUAAGUUAUUUAUUAUAUGUUUCUGAGUUUAGAGUUCUAAAGGUGUAUAUCAUAUUUGGACGCAAAAGUUUGUGUUCGACAUGAUUUGUACCUAAAAUUAUUGAGUUUUACACUUUGCGGAAAAGAAUAAGGUUGUUUUUAUCGUUCUUAGAGGGCUCAACAUAUUUAUAAGUUUUCAUUUAUGUUUAUCGCAUAAUUUUAUACCUAUAAAUAAUAUUUCAAAGUUGAAAGCGACAGGUUACGUGGAAAUGUAUAAAUGAUGUUGUUUUAGGCCAAGACAUCCAACACAAGCGUGACUUGACCCGCUUCGUGAAAUGGCCCAAGUAUAUCCGUCUCCAACGUCAGAAGGCUGUUCUCCAAAAGCGUCUGAAGAUUCCGCCACCAGUGAACCAAUUCCGUUUAGCUCUUGAGAAGAACAACGGUAAGUUUUUAUGUUUUUGGUUUUGUUUUAGGCAUUGAAAGUUGUUUCUACGGAAAUAAAAUUUGAUUUUUUACUUUUUUAUUACUUUUUCAUGAGAAAUACAUGUAAAAUAUUUAAUUUUGUUUUGUUUCAGCUCGCAAGGUCUUCGAAUUGUUGGACAAAUACCGACCAGAGACCGAAGAGGCCAAGAAGGACAGACUCCGCAAGAGAGCUGAAGAGAGAAAGGCCGGCAAGCCAGAAACUGUCACCAAGCGUCCAGCUGGUGUCAGAUUCGGUAUCAACAACGUUACCAAGCUCAUCGAGAACAAGAAGGCCUCGUUGGUCGUUAUUGCUCACGAUGUGGACCCAUUGGAGAUCGUCUUGUUCCUUCCAGCCUUGUGCCGUCGUUUCGAUGUCCCAUAUGUUAUUGUUAAGGGUAAAGCUCGUCUCGGACAAGUUGUGCAUCGCAAGAACUGCGCCGCUGUAGCCCUCACUGACGUAUUGCCGUAAGUUUUUUCACAUAUUAUCUUUUAGGGUUGAAUAAUAUUAAUCAAUUAGUGAAUAUUGUUGUCAAAAUAACAUAGGAACUUAAAUAGAAGUAGUUUUUAGUAAAAUAUAAUUUGCUAUUUUUAGUGAACACAAGACCCUCCUCAAGAACAUCACCGAGGUCGCCACUGAGAACUUCAAUGACAGAGGUGACGAACUCCGCAAGAACUGGGGUGGUGGUAUCAUGUCUCAACGUUCUCAAGCCCGUGCCAACAAGAUUGAAAAGGCCCGUCAACGAGAACUCAUCCACAAAUCGUAA